AGCUAAAGAAAGUUUUGGACUCGGUGGAAGAUCAGAUCAAUCGGAAGAGAUGGGUGGCGCGAAUCUGAAAGCGGAGACGAUGGCUCUGAUGGAUAAGAGAACGACCAUGGAGACUGAAAUGAACUCGAUCGUUGAACGUCUAUGCAAUCCCGGUGGUCCUGGUCUCUCCGGCAACCUCGUCGACUCGGAGGGAUUCCCUCGGGGAGAUAUUGACAUUCCGGCGGUUAGAGCUCAGCGCCGUCGUCUUGCUGAGUUACGGAAUGAGCACAGCGAGAUAACGGACAAGAUCGAUGUGAACAUUCAGAUUCUUCAUUCAGUGAGGCCUACUACGUCAAGAGCUUCAAUUUCCAAAGAUUCAGGUCCAGAAGAAAGAAGCUUGUCUUCUUUAUCUGCCUCCAUGCAGACAUCUGGCAUCAGUGUCACUUCCCGUGCCAUGGAUGUGGAUGUGGUCACUAGUAUUCCCUUUGCCAUGGUUGAUGAGAUAACCGAGUCAUCUCCAGCAGCAGAGGAUGGGUUACAGCUUAGAGAUCAGGUUGUGAAAUUCGGCAGCGUGGAAGGUGGUGACAACCUGUUGCAAAGGCUUGCCGCUGAAGCGCAAGAUAGCCAGGGACAAGCUGUUUCUGUUGGAGUUAUAAGGCAAGGUGCGAAACUAGAUUUAGCUGUGACCCCGAGGGUAUGGCAAGGCAGAGGUCUAUUAGGGUGCCAUUUCCGUUUGUUAUGAGCCAUGGAUUAUCAUUUGGAGGCCUGGAUAUGGUGAAAGCUUGCAGAGUUUUUGGUUGAAGAAUGAGAUGUCUGUUUUUAAAAACUUGAAUUUAGUAUGCGUGCCAAGUGUUUGCCCAGUUUGGUUGUUGAAAGUAGACUUUCUUCUUUGUAUGUUGGACCAAACUCAGAAAAAGAAACAUCGUUUGGCUUGUAGCUGAUACGACAACUGAAAGGCUUCAUUUCUUACAAUGGUUUAGGUGGUUGCUGUCCCA